UUUAUCUAUGGAAAAAAAGAGAAUAGACAAAAUUCCGUUAUCGCUAUUCCCUCUUCGCUUCACUCCAAUUGGCCCCAUUCACCCUAAAUACCGACAAUUUCACCUUCAAAUUAUCAGAUAAUCAAUAGCUGAGCAGGCUGGGUGUUCCAUUUUCUUAUAUUUUUGUGUUUGCUGUUAAAUUCUCUCUUGGUUAUCUGAUUAAGUAUUUUCCCAGCUCUUCAAUGAUGUAUUUAUGGGUGCUUUUCCUCUGAAUGCUUCUUGGAGUUACAUCUUUACUACUGCCAUAUGAGUCUGAAAAAUGUUGUCUACCAUACAUGUCCUUAAUGAGCACUUCAAUAGUCUUAGGUCAAAAUUUGCUAUCUUUCAACAAAAGUAGUUCGGUAUUUGUGCAUAAUAGUUGUAUUACUGAGGUUCGCUGUAGUUGGGGGAGGAGGAAAUCUUUUGGGUCGAUUCCAAAUGCAAAGAAAAAGUAUCCAAAGAAGAAAAGCUGGUGGAGAGAGUUGUUUUUUGUUGAAAAUGGGAAUUGGCUGGGUCUGAGGGAGGAUGAUAUGCUUGAUGGACUUGAAUCUGAAGGUUUAGGUAGUGAUGAUGAUGAUGAGUUAUCAGAGAAUGAAAAGUUUGAAGCUUGGAAGAGACGAGCCGAGGCUAUCAUGGAGUUAAGGGAAGCACAAGUAGAUAUAAAGAAUGAGGAGAAUCGGAAGUGGGACGAUUGGCUUGUUGAUGGAAAUGUUGUAUUAGGUAAUGAUUCAUCAUGGGUUCACGAGUCCGUUAGAGUACCUGAAGAUAACAUGCUGGAAGAUCCUACUGAAUUAAUACCUGGGAGGGGUUUGGUUAAAUCCGUGAGGGAUAUGAUUUUCGGCAGGGAAGAAGAUGAUAUGCUAUAUGAAGAUCGUAUUUUUCAGUAUGCUUCAUUUAAUUCUGCUAAGUUCUUCGCAUUGCUGAUAAUUGUCCCAUGGGCUUUGGAUUUUGUAGUUCAUGACUAUGUUCUUAUGCCUUUUCUUGACAGAUAUGUUAAGACUGUACCUUUAGCAGCACAGAUGCUUGAUGUCAGAAGAAACCAAAAGCUUGAAAUGGUUAAGGAAUUGAAGGCUGAGCAGGCACGCUACCGCCUUGAGGUUGAGAUUGGUAAAUCUCCACCUUUGUCUGAAAAGGAGCUGCAUCUGGAGCUACGACACAAAGCGUUAGAGUUGCGGGAUGAGUGGAGGUUAGAAAAUCGCAAGGCAUUUGCUUAUAUAUUUUCGGACUUUGUCUCUGGGGUCUCAUUAUUCAUUCUUUUGUGCUUCAAUGAGAGUAAAGUAAAGCUACUCAAAUUUACUGGUUAUAAGAUACUAAACAAUAUCUCCGACGCUGGCAAGGCAUUUCUGAUCAUUCUGAUUAGUGAUACCCUUUUGGGGUAUCAUUCUGAAUAUGGUUGGAAUACUGCGCUCGAGAUGCUUGUGGAGCAUUAUGGUAUUGAAGUUGAUCGAUCAGCAAUAACAAUAUUUGUCUGCAUUGUUCCAGUUAUAACGGAUACCUUUGUGAAGCUUUGGAUUUUUAAGUACUUGCCGAGGUUAUCAUCUGAAGUGCCCAAAUAUAUACAAAAAAUGAAGAGGCAUUAGAGAUGCUUCCCCAUAUCUCUGGUUGCAGUUGCAGCAGCAUCUACAGAUCAACGAAGUGGUGCUUACUGCCUCAUCCAGUUCCCUUGGGUUUUAAGGGAUGUUUACAGAUUUUGUUGUGAUAAACUCUGAAUGUUCCUUGUGUCUGGACGAUUCGACUUCCUUUUGUGGUCACAAUCUCUACUUGUAUAGCUUUUUAGUCUCUUUUUCUUUUCACUAGGUAACCAUAAUGUUUACUAUGCUUUUUGUAAGAUAAAAAGAGGGAAUAGUUCUUCUUGCUCAAGUGAAGUUGUGCACUGUUCUUUGAACAUGUUUCCAGGUAGGCAUAUUAAAGAUAUGUAAUUAAGGAAACAUUUACAGACCGUGAAUUUGUUAUCAUUAUUUUAUCACAAGCUGGAUCAACUGGUAGUAGAGGAAACUACAUCAUUUAUCUAUAUACAAAAGGAAAAAAAAUACAUUAAAGAUAAACUGGUUCUAUUUCUU